AGGGUUUCCUCAUCAUCUCACUGUUUUCCCCCAACCAAACCCUAAAAUACAUUCCCUGUGUAUAUAUAGAUGAUAUAGCUAGCACACACACUCAGCCGCGCCUCCUCUACAACAACUGUUUUCUCUCUCUCCCUCUCUCUGUACUAGUACAAUCGCAAUCACUUCCAUUUCCAAUUAAUCACAUCUGUUUCUGUCUGUUGAAAUAAACAACCCUUAGUUCCAUUUUCAAUCAAUAACCCAUCAAACACAUUAAUAUCAUUUGUUCAGCCAUGGAUUUCCAAAGUCUUUCGAGGAAAGAACUCCAAACCCUAUGCAAGAAGAACAAAAUCCCAGCAAAUAUUACCAACAUCGCCAUGGUCGACGCUCUCAAAGCUCUUGAGAUUAUCGAAGGAAUCGAAGAGAUCUUGAAACCGUCCGAGUCUGAAACUGUACAGUCUUCUAUCGAGUCACCAGAAAGGAUGACGAUAGCCUCGUCCGGUGUUUCUCGUACCGGUGGUAGAACAUCUACUCGGCGAAAAGCGAUCAAAGAAGAACCAGAGAGUUCACAGAUUUGCACUAGGACGACUCGCCGUGCAACGCGAAGAACACUCGCUUCUGAGGUGGAGGAAGCAAAGGUUGAUGUGUCUGAGACCCCGGCUGUGGCUCCAGGAACUCGAAAGAGAGUGCCGGUGGCUUCAGCUCGUCGGGAGGUGGAGACUCAGUUGAAGGAAGGUGAAGAAGAUCAGAAAAUUGGGGAUCAAAUGGUUCAUGAUAAGAAGGAUGUGCCGGAAACCCCAGCUGCCACAACUGGCCGGAGACGGGGAACUUUGGCCUCGGCUCGUCUGAAGAUAGAGACGGACUUGGGAAAGGAAAAGGGGAGCUCAGUACGGCGAGUGUACAGCACAAGGAGAUCAGUUAGGAUGUCUGAGACGAAAAUGGAAGAGCCUAAUAAGAAGCAAAACAAAAGAAAUGAGGAAGUUUCCCACAAUACAGGACUUGAUAUGCAGAAGGUUUCUGAAGAGACUAUUGAGGAAACCAACGAUUCAGAAGUUCUUUCAGGUCAAAAAUCGGAUGCAUUUGCUGAGAAUGAAAGAUAUGGUGAUGAUCAGAAGAGUACGGGAGACAGCCAUCUAGUGGGUGAUUCAAAUGCGAUACCCGAAGAGAUUUCUGCGGUAUUUGAAAAAAAACUGGUUAUUUCAGUUUCAGCUGAACACCCCAACAAGCUGAUAAUAGAGAAAGACAGAGAUGUGGAAGAUGGAGUUCUUGAUGAGAGCAAGGACGAUAACUCGGAGUCAAAAUCUGAAGUGGGAUCAAAGAGGUGUGGUAUUAUUGUUGAAUCUGAUAUCCUUCUGGGUGAGGCAUUGGAUAUGAAAAAUGAAGAAGAAGAAAAAAAGGUGGUUGAUGAUUCUACAAUUGAUAGAUUCCAAUCUGUCACUGAGAAUUAUAUUGAGCUUUUGAAAGAAAACGAGGAAAAACUGAAUGCUAGUAAAGACAUGGAAUCCGAAGAUUCAGCCACUGAGGUUUUUGCCGACAUUGUUUGUGGUGAUGUGGUGGAUCUUGCUGCUCCUCAAUCUUCAGUCAAUGCUGUUCAGGAUUUGGCGAGUGAAGUUCCAGCAAUGGAAGAUUUGGAUGUAAAUAAUUUCAGUGCCUCUGCUGCUGAUCAAGAUCAGAACCAGGAUUUUGACUUGGAAUAUGCUUCCGGAGAACAGUUUAAAGGGGAGGCUUUUAGUGAAGAUGAUGCAGAAAUUGACCCAGAAUUUCAUGGAGCUCAAGACGAAGAGGAGUCAUUUAAUGGCAAGGUCACCAGGGAUGAUGUUUGCGGUGAUGUGGUGGACCAUGCUGCUGCUUCCUUGGCUGACUUCGGAUUUGCUUCCGAAGAACAGUUUAAAGGGGAGGCCUUUAGUGAUGAUGAUGCAGAAACUGACCCAGAAUCGUCUAAUGGCGAGGUCUCCAGGGAUGAUGCAGUUGCUCAUUCGGAUAUUUCUGAAUGUUUGAUUGGUUCUAAGCGGUCAGAGAGCUGCAAAGAACCUGAAACUCCUCAAAUUCUUGACCAGGAAGAAUUCAGGAACAGCAGUGAUCAAUUCAUUAUGAAAUCAAAUAAUGACAGUGAAGUGUUCUCUGGUGAAAUGAUGGUUGCAAAUAAAUUGAAUGCUGAAAAGUUUGCAGCUGAAGAAUCUAGAGUACAGGUUGUAGUUGAUUUUUCUGAUCAAGGAAGCAUGAUUUUCGACACUGUUAAUGGUCCUUGUCAAGCCAAGGAAUCAAUGCUCGGGCUGGAAGCAAUGGUAGAUGCCAAGGAACAAGCCCUCCCUCAAAUUGAAGUAGGGGCUGAUGUGGAUGAAGCUACAGCAGAAGUACCUGCCAUGACUACCCAUGCUCGCCCUUCAACUCUGAUUGUUACUCCAGUUUCUGAAAAGCAGAAUAGUUAUUCUCAUCCGUUGACCUCUGAAGAAAAUGCCACUGAUCAAUUUGCCAGGCAAGGAAGCAUAAAUUUUAGUAAUCUCAUGGCCUACUGCCACACUGAGGAUCCAACACCCGAUGCAGAAAAGAGUCAUGAAGCACAGGUUGAUGUCUAUGAAAUUGCAGCACAAGAAUCUGAUGCGACAACUAAUGAACAGGACUCUUCGUUUUUGGACAAGACCUCAGCAGCGUCUGUGAAGCGGAGUAGUCAUCCAGGCCAGAUUUCGCAAGCUUUUUGUCAGGCAGGAUCAGACUCAGACAUUCCUUCCUUGCCAUCAUUGCCGCCAACAAGAAGUGGAAUGAUGACCCAUGUUUUGGAUGAUAACAAGGAGAACAUUGACAACAGUGGCAGAAAAUUGGAUGUUACUAGGGAAAAGGGGAAGAAAAACAAGAACACUGCUUCUGAGGACGACAACCAAUUGAAAUCACUGCAUGAUGCAAGUCUGAGGCAGCUGACAAAGAUGCUGAAAGAGAAGCUACAGAUUACGAACGAAGUCAACAAUUAUGAAGAGAAGAAUACAUCUACGGGAACAAGGCCAAGAACAGCAUUGCAGAAGCUGCCAGAGAAUCGUAUGCUCGUUGGUGAACCAGACAAAGAAAAUUGAGUGCGUGCUUACACAGAAGGCUUGAAUUGAGACAUUUUUUUUUUUCUUUUUCAAGUGUACUUCAAUUUUGAUGGUUUAAAGUGGUGAGUUCAAACAUUGGUUUGAUCCUCCAUGUUUUGUUAUCCUUUCUACACAAAUAUCAAAAUUUACAACUUUUUC